AGAGCGCGUUACCCGGCAUGCAGCAGGCAGUGCGUUCGCACCAAGAUGGCGGCGCCUCUAAAUGAGUACGAGAAAGAAGCAGGCUGCGUUCCUAUUUUGCACUCGGAGGAAAUCAAACCUCAGGCUCACUAUAACCAUGGAUAUAAUGAAUCCCUUGGGCGCAAAAGCCACAUUGAUGAUUACAGCACAUGGGAUAUUGUCAAAGCCACACAGUAUGGAAUUUAUGAUCGUUGUUGUGAGUUGGUAGAAGCAGGCUAUGAUGUACGGCAACCUGAUAAAGAAAACGUUACCCUUCUCCACUGGGCUGCAAUCAACAACAGAUUAGACUUAGUGAAGUACUACAUAUCAAAAGGUGCUAUUGUUGACCAGCUUGGGGGUGACCUGAACUCCACACCGCUACAUUGGGCAACUAGACAGGGUCAUUUAUCAAUGGUUGUACAGCUUAUGAAAUAUGGUGCAGAUCCAUCAUUAAUUGAUGGAGAAGGAUGUAGUUGUAUUCAUUUAGCAGCCCAGUUUGGACAUACAUCUAUUGUCGCUUACCUAAUAGCCAAGGGACAGGAUGUUGAUAUGAUGGAUCAAAAUGGAAUGACACCUUUAAUGUGGGCAGCUUAUAGAACACACAGUGUGGACCCUACUCGGUUGCUGCUUACUUUUAAUGUUUCAGUCAAUCUGGGAGACAAAUAUCAUAAGAAUACAGCACUACACUGGGCAGUUCUAGCAGGAAAUACCACAGUGAUUAGUCUUCUGUUAGAAGCUGGAGCUAAUGUUGAUGCCCAAAAUAUCAAGGGAGAAUCACCACUUGAUUUAGCAAAGCAAAGAAAAAACGUUUGGAUGAUAAAUCAUCUACAGGAGGCGAGGCAAGCAAAAGGUUAUGACAAUCCAUCUUUUCUCAGGAAGCUGAGGGCCGAUAAGGAAUUCCGUCAGAAGGUGAUGCUAGGAACACCUUUCCUAGUUAUUUGGCUGGUUGGAUUUAUAGCAGAUCUUGAUAUUGAUUCUUGGCUAAUCAAAGGACUAAUGUAUGGAGGUGUUUGGGCUAUGGUUCAGUUUCUUUCCAAAUCAUUCUUUGAUCACUCCAUGCAUAGUGCUCUGCCUCUUGGGAUCUAUCUAGCAACAAAAUUCUGGAUGUAUGUAACGUGGUUUUUCUGGUUUUGGAAUGAUCUCAGUUUUCUGUUUAUCCACCUUCCAUUUCUUGCUAAUAGUGUUGCACUUUUCUAUAAUUUUGGAAAAUCCUGGAAAUCAGACCCAGGAAUAAUUAAAGCCACGGAAGAACAAAAGAAAAAGACAAUAGUGGAACUUGCAGAGACAGGAAGCUUGGAUCUCAGUAUAUUCUGCAGUACCUGUUUGAUACGGAAACCAGUGAGGUCCAAACAUUGUGGUGUAUGCAAUCGAUGUAUAGCCAAGUUUGAUCACCACUGUCCAUGGGUUGGUAACUGUGUAGGAGCAGGCAAUCAUCGUUAUUUCAUGGGGUAUCUAUUCUUUUUACUCUUCAUGAUUUGCUGGAUGAUUUAUGGAUGUAUCUCAUACUGGGGAAUCCACUGUCACACCAGUUAUACAACAGAUGGUUUUUGGACAUAUAUUACACAAAUUGCCACUUGUUCGCCUUGGAUGUUCUGGAUGUUUUUGAACAGUGUGUUUCAUUUCAUGUGGGUUGCUGUACUACUAAUGUGUCAAAUGUAUCAGAUUUCUUGUUUAGGUAUUACUACAAAUGAAAGAAUGAAUGCCAGACGAUAUAAGCACUUUAAAGUUACAACAACAUCUAUUGAAAGUCCAUUUAACCAUGGAUGUAUAAGAAAUAUUAUAGACUUCUUUGAAUUCAGAUGUUGCGGUCUUUUUCGCCCGGUUAUUGUGGACUGGACACGACAGUAUACAAUAGAAUAUGACCAGACAUCUGGAACUGGCUACCAGCUGGUGUAACACCCACUUCCAAACUGUGAGCGUAUCAUAUCUGAGUGGUGCCUGGAAGUCUGUUUCUUUUGAAUCCACAUCCCUUGAACAGUAGCAUGUUAUGAAUAGAGCUAACAGUGAAUCUCAUGGUACCUUCUUUGCAUCUGUUUUAUUAACAGAAGUUUAAAAAAGGACAGAAUAAACUGCCAAUCCUGACAAUGAGGAAGAAGAAGGGAAUUUUAACUGUCCUUACUACAGGAGUAACUCAGAAAGACAUAUUCACACAAUUACAUUUUAUUUUCACAAAGAAGCAUGAUUUGUUAAAAAUACACACAGAAUAAAGUCAUGCUGUGCUGAAGAUUCAAUAUUUAUUUCAUAAUUUGAACAAUUUCAUUUGACGUUAAAGUUAAAUUUCAUGAAGCUAUCAGUUCUUGAGAUUGUAUUAUAUUUACUGCAAUGGAAUUUUUGUAUAGAUUUGCUGUAGUAUUAUGUGCAUUGAAAAAUGUGCAUUAAAUACUGUGAUGAAUCAUGUAAUUUUGUCGGGAUCUACCAUGAAGUGUGAAGUUGCAGAAGCAGGAUGUUGGUCACAAAACUCUUACCUAAAUAUAAUGGUAAUUGCGAUCAGUUGUUAGGGCUGAUUUGGUUCUGAUACAAGAAAUUACUCAUAAAUCUUAUAUGAAGUUGUAUAUCCUGGGCAGAAAAUGCAACAUAAAGGAGAUCAACUUUUCUGCCUAAUAUAAAACAUCACUUAAGUGCAUGAUGAUACUUUCUAAAAUUAAAAAUAAAAUAUGAUCUGAAAAAAAUUAAGGAAAACUGUAAUAUAUGCUGUUAAUACAACUUUGUUUCAUAAGUAAUGUGAGACAUUGUGCAUGAUAUAUUCUACCGUCAUUAGAAAAUUGGAAAACACAACAAGAUGUUAUAUGGGAGCCAAAAAAUAAAAGGGUAAAUUGUUAGUAAUUAGGAUAUGAUUGUUAUUAAAUUGGUUGCUGUUCCCAAGAAGCAGAGAUAGGUUAAAAUAAUUUUU